AUGGAGCCCAACCUCACGGCCGGCGGGGGAGGCAACGCGUCCGGCCGGGCGGCGGGCUCGGGCGGCGGCGGCAGCGAGCUGCUCAUCACCUCCGCCUUCGGCACGGUGCUGUCCUGCAUGUGCGUGGCCGGGGUGGCGGGGAACGUGUACACCCUGGCGGUGAUGUGCCACUCCGCGCGCUGCGCCGCCCCCAUGUACGGCUCCAUCAUCAGCCUGGCGCUGGCCGACCUGCUCUACCUCUCCACCAUCCCCUUCAUCGUCUGCACCUACCUGGCGCAGGACUGGUACUUCGGGGACCUGGGCUGCCGCGUCCUGCUCAGCCUGGACCUGCUCACCAUGCACGCCAGCAUCUUCACCCUCACCCUCAUGUGCGCCGAGCGCUACCGGGCCGUCACCCGGCCCCUGGACAGCCUCAAGCGCUCCCGGGGCUACCGCAAAGCCGCGGCCGGGGCCGUGUGGUCCGUCUCCCUGCUGCUCACCCUGCCCAUGAUGCUCAUGGUCAGGCUGACCGAGGCGGGCCAGGCCGGGGGCAAGGUGAAGCGGCUGUGCGCCCCGACGUGGAGCGCCGACGCCUACAGGACCUACCUGACCGUGCUGUUCAGCACCAGCAUCAUGGCCCCGGGGGUGAUCAUUGGCUACCUGUACACGCGCCUGGCCAGGACCUACCUGGAGUCCCAGAGGAACCCGCCCCACAAGGAGGGCAAGAGGUCCCCCAGGCAGAAGGUGCUGAUCAUGGUCUUCAGCAUUGUGCUGGUCUUCUGGGCUUGCUUCCUGCCCUUCUGGGUCUGGCAGCUGGUGCGCCUCUACCACAGCUCCCUGCAGCUGACUUCGCAGACCCAAAAGUGCAUUAACUACCUGGUGACCUGCCUGACCUACAGCAACAGCUGCAUCAACCCCUUCCUCUACACCCUGCUCACCAAGAACUACCGGGAGUACCUGCGCAACAGGCACCGCAGCUUCUACCGCUUCACCUCCUCCUUCCGCAAGCGGAGCUCCAACCUGCAGUGCUCCUGGGGAAGGGCCACGUCCUCCAGCAACCAGUAUGACUACGGCUCGGAGUCCCUGGGCAUGGCCACGCUGAAGGACAAGUGAGGAGGGCGAGGGGCUCCAGACACCUGGGAACCAGAGGAAUAUCUG